UGGGUGGUUACCGAGAACUGAUAAGGGGCUGGUCUUCCAUUAUAAUCGCAUGUCGUUCCGGUGAGGAUCGUCAAGCUAGUCCGGUUUCUUACUCGCGCGAGCAACUCUAAAGCAGCUUCUAUUCGUCGACUCGCCCGAUGCUACCCCGCUCACUAUGUUCCCCCACAUGUCAUCCCAAGGCCAGGCCAAACCCCGUACUUUAGCAAGUACCUCGUUCCUUUGGACGACCAAGGCGCAGCAAAGCUAUGCGUUUUAGUGGCCGCUGGCUUUGAAAAUCACAAGUUUCCCUUCCCCUUUCAGCUGCUGGUCGAAUUUCGCGCAAAAGGUGCCUUUUACGGACCCGUUUUGCUAUAUCAACAACCUCUUUCCCGUCUCUUACCUACUACUGUCUUUCUCUGUCCCUCUUCUAACUGAUGGCAACCGAAACGCUAACCGAAUCUCCUCGUUCGCAAAGGUUUGAAUCCCAUGUAGCCUUCGACAACAUCCCCCUCGGCGAAUCAACCGAGUAUAAUCCCAUCUCGUUCACCCUCAACUACCGCCAUGCGGGUUUUCAGUUUAGACGACGACACCGCACCUUUAUGGUCGGCGUAGACGACAACUCGUAUUCCGACCAUGCUUUGCAAUGGCUACUGGACGAACUAGUCGAUGACGGCGACGAGAUUAUAUGCGUCCGCGUAAUCGAAACCCAGGUCCGCCUUACGGAUAAGGCGUACCAAGAAGAUGCCAGGGCUCUGAUGGAAUCGAUCCAGGCGAAGAAUACGCAGAAUCGAGCAAUCGGCCUAAUUUUAGAAUACGCUGUUGGAAAACUGCACAACACGUUCCAGCAUCUUAUCAAAAUAUACCAGCCAUCCAUGUUGAUUGUCGGUACGAAGGGUAGAAGCCUUGAUGGAGUCCAGGGGUUCCUCGUGAAUCGUAGUUCUUUUUCGAAGUACUGCUUGCAAUACUCACCAGUGCCUGUUGUCGUCGUGCGUCCUAAUGAGAAGCGGGUGAAAAAAAAGGUGAAGCGAGCGCACGACCCAUCUAGGCAAAGUUAUGCGCAAAUGCUGCUAGGUCAAAAGCACGAAGCCGAUAGCGAGAACAGCAGCGUUUACGAGCUAGAACCCAACCUCACCCCAGACGAAGAAGCGCAUCGUGUUGCAGUAGCUGUCGGGCUACCAGCAGCAUACGAUCCGACUAUCAAACCCAUCGAUCCCAACAGUUUACUAAAGAAUUUCGGCCGCCGACCCGCGCCGGAGGUAUCGAAGGAAGCCCUUGCAAUAGUAAACAAGGGUGGCGUACCUGCCGAGAAGAAGUCGGCGGACCAGGAAGAGUCGGACUCGGAUUCGGAAGGAGAAGGAGAAUUCGAUGUCAGACCGGGCGAGGAGCUUCUUAGAGAGAAACUUCAUAAGAUGGAGCUAAACGAAGGGGCCGCGCUCAGAGCUGAAGGUAGGAAGUUAAGUUCCGGGUCUGCUGAUAGCGACGAAGAUCCGCCGGGUGGAGGGGGUGCCAAGACGUGACGCGACUGUCGCACAUGAGAAACCGAUAUGAGGGAUAAGUCAGAAGCCUGUUGAUUAUUAAAAGCGCGGGCAUGGUUGGAUGGACGAUAUAGCGGAUAUUUGCCCCACUAUCGUCAUGAUUAUUAUGCUAAGCAAC